CCGAAAAAACUUGAUUUAAUUGUAUUUAAAAUAAAAUUUCCAAAGAAAUAAAUCCUUCGAAUCUGCCUGUUCAGUUUCUGUUUGAAUGUGAAGGGUUACAUGAAAAAAGCUCGUCUGGCCCUCUAUGCGAUUCACAGAGGGCCCGCUAUAGUAAAACAACGAGAGAGUAAUGUCAAGUGACAGUACAAUUGACCAAUCAUAUCUUCCCUCUAAAUGGGAGGGCUUUAUUAUCGCGGACUUUAUGACAAGUUCCGCCCGCUGCGCUGCCAAGUUUAUGCAUGUGAUAUAUCAACGGGUCAAGCUAGGCGGAAUUAGCAUACGUUCAUUCACGAUGGCUCACGUUAGUGAUAGUGAUGACAUCGUUGCGAAACUACUAACCGAGUCUUUUUCAAGAAUGAGUUACACGGAUAAAUUGGAGUUAAUUACCAAAGGGCGACCAACACCACAGCUUAAUUUGGUUCAAAAAACCAAACGGUUCGAGAGGCAUUUUAAUAUCGGCAAUUACGCCAGAUACAACUGGAUGACCGGAUCAACCAGGGAACACAAGCUGUACUGCUGGGAUUGCUUGCUUUUUGGAGCGGACAGUGGGUCAUGGGCCAGAGAUGGAUAUUCUGAUUUAGGAAGUUUAUCCAAAUUAGCACAUCGCCAUCAGAAUGCUUCAGGUCACCUCAGAGCUACUAUUCGGCUUAAAACAUUUGGGGACACCAGGAUAGAGCUCCAGCUGGAUGAGCAACAACGCCGGGGUGUCAUCCUUCAUAAUGAAAAGGUGAAGAGGAACCGAGGAAUUUUGAAACGCCUGAUAAAUUGUGUGGUGUACUUGGGCAAGCAGGAGUUGCCGUUCCGAGGUCACGAUGAGAGUGUAACUUCAUCAAACAAGGGGAAUUACAUAGAGUUGCUGGAUUUAGUGGCAGAAUAUGACAGCGACCUGCACACACACCUCGCCACAUCAACAGUAUUUACCGGCACAUCUUCAAGGAUUCAGAAUGACCUGAUCAGCGCUGUCGCUAGUGUAAUGACGGAUAGCAUGAAAGAGGAGCUGAGGAAGGCACCUUUUGUUGCGGUCAUGUUGGAUGAAACGACAGACAUUAGCAACGUGGCGCAGAUGUCAUAUGUGCUUCGAUAUGUCACUGACGAUGGGAUAAAAGAGCGUUUCUUCAAGUACGAAGAUGUGACAGAGGACAAACGAGCAGAGGCCAUAGCUACACGGCUGCUGGAGUUCCUGAGGGAGAGUGGCUGUAUUGACAAAGUGGUCGCGCAGUGCUACGAUGGAGCAGCUGUUAUGGCCUCUGGAUUGAAUGGGGUGCAAGCGAAAGUUAAGGAAACAAUUCCACAGGCCCUUUUCAUUCACUGCUAUGCUCACAUCUUAAAUCUCGUUUUGUCAAAUGGAGCUUCCAAGAUAAGAGAGUGUAAGGUCUUCUUCUCCCACCUCUCUGGCUUGGCCACCUUUUUCAGCCGCUCAGCAAAGCGCACCAAGCUACUGGAUGAUAUUUGCCAGCAUAGGCUUCCACGGGCAGCUCCUACUCGCUGGUGCUUUCAUUCUUGCUUGGUGUGCACAGUGGCAGAUAAGACCAGGGAAUUGAGAGAGGUGUUCGAGCACAUCGUAGACCAUCACACAGAGUUUGAUGACGAAACUGUUCAUUGCUCUGAUGGAUACAUCACCCUCCUUACCAGCUUCGAUUUCAGCUUUUGGUUGAAAACCUUCCACGCUAUCUUCUCCUACUCGGAUGUUGUUUUUGAAAUACUUCAGAACAAAGGUUUUGAUAUGCAGUUCUGCCUGGCCAGAGUGGAUCAGCUACAGCGACAAAUUGAACAGGAGAAGGGGAACUUUGACAGCGUCUACGAUGAAACCCAGGCUUUGGUUGGUCCUCCGCGCGGCCGUGGAGCUCAAGGAGACGUUCGUGCAUGUACAGGGAGCUCCACUGCAGCGUAA